CGGGACUGAACCGCCUUUGCUGUUACACAAGAGAGCCCACAGCAGCAGUAGCAGCUCGGCAUCCUUCCCCCUUCUGGCCUGUUGGAAGCUGAUGGAAGCAACAGUGCCAUAAAGAAAUGGGCUAGAUAUUUCCAGAGGCUGAAAUCUGGAGACAUUUGAAGGUGUUCUUUGAAACUGCUUCUCUGAAGAUACAUGUAUUCUAUUUUGAGAAGGUUUUUAUAGAAAUAGAAAAAUGAGCUCAGGAAGCCAGACCUGGAAGGUCCCACAGUGAUCAUUUAAUCUAAAUAUUCCCUUCACAAUUGAGGAAGGAAGGAGAAUACCCACCAAGACCAUCACUAUGACCGAUGGGGACUAUGAUUAUCUGAUCAAACUCCUGGCCCUUGGAGAUUCGGGGGUGGGGAAGACGACAUUUCUUUAUCGAUACACGGACAAUAAAUUCAAUCCCAAGUUCAUCACAACAGUAGGAAUAGACUUUCGGGAAAAACGUGUGGUUUAUAACACCCAAGGACCAAAUGGCUCAUCAGGGAAAGCAUUUAAAGUGCAUCUUCAGCUCUGGGACACUGCCGGACAAGAGCGAUUCCGGAGCCUCACCACUGCAUUUUUCAGAGAUGCCAUGGGUUUCUUAUUAAUGUUUGACCUCACCAGUCAACAGAGCUUCUUAAAUGUCAGAAACUGGAUGAGCCAACUGCAAGCAAAUGCUUAUUGUGAAAAUCCAGAUAUAAUAUUAAUUGGCAACAAAGCAGACCUGCCAGACCAGAGGGAAGUCAAUGAAAGGCAAGCCCGGGAGCUGGCUGACAAAUACGGUAUACCAUAUUUUGAAACGAGUGCUGCAACUGGCCAGAAUGUGGAGAAAGCUGUGGAAACCCUUCUGGACUUAAUCAUGAAGCGAAUGGAACAGUGUGUAGAGAAGACACAAGUUCCCGACACAGUCAAUGGUGGAGACUCUGGAAAGCAAGAUGGAGAAAAACCAGCAGAGAAGAAAUGCGGCUGCUAGACACUUCGUAGGAACUGAUCAUCUAAAACCCCACCCAAAUAUUACUUCCAAAAAAAAGCAACAAACCACAAAAUUGUUUUUGAGUAGACCAUGCAUAAUGGCAUGUCUUUCUUUUUCUGCCAGAAAAAUCUAUUUUAAGAAACCAGAAUAGUCAAUGGUGUUCAAAAGAAUUCAAACAAGAUCAGAGAUUUCCUAAUGUGCUCUCACGGUCAUGGAUGCACAA